CCUGGCCAAUGGCCGCGCUCCUUCGCGACGGUCGGAAGUGGUGAGGCGACUCUAGGGGCCGUUGUUCAGUGCGGGGGCUGACUGAGGGGGCUCAGUAUCCGUGGCUAGCGGCUCGGCUUGACGUCCUUCUUCUCAUCCGGGCAAAAAGGAAAUUCCUGUGUAUAAUUUUACCAUCCAUGAGAUCCACUGUCAAAGGAACAUUGGUAUGUGUCCUAUCUGCAAGGAACCAUUUCCCAAGUCCGACAUGGAGACUCACAUGGCUACAGAACACUGUCAGGUGACCUGCAAAUGUAACAAGAAGUUGGAGAAGAGGCAGUUAAAGAAUCAUGAGGAGACUGAGUGUCCUCUACGGCUUGCCCUUUGCCAGCACUGUGAUUUGGAACUUUCUGUUCUCAAACUGAAGGACCAUGAAGAUUACUGUGGUGCCCGGACGGAGUUAUGUGGCAGUUGUGGGCGCAAUGUCCUGGUGAAAGAUCUGAAGACUCACCCUGAAGUUUGUGGGAAAGAUGGGGAGGAAAAGAGAGAUGAGAUGGCCAUGCCAACUAAUGCAUAUGAUGAGUUUUGGGGUCAAGAUGAAAUCUGGAUUGCAUCCCAGCUCAGACAAAUUCAGUCUCUAGAUGCACCCACGAGACUUCUCCGAAGGCCCCUGAGAGCCUUUGAUGCAGAUCUUUUCCAGAGUAGGACUACCAACCAAAGGAACAUGACAACCCAGUUUCCAGUUCAGAAUAAUCUAGUGGAAGAACAAGAAAGGCAGGAAAGGAAUAGAAGCCGACAAUCCCCCAAAGAGGGUGGUGAAGACAGUACGAACUUGGACUUUAUGUUGGCCCUAAGUCUCCAAAACGAAGGCCAGGCCCCCAGCAUGGCAGAGCAGGACUUCUGGAGGGCCAUAUGUGAGGCAGACCAGGCCCGUGAAGGUCCCAACACUCUGAAUGACAUAAAAGGUGCAGCUGACGAAACCAUGUUGCCUUGUGAAUUUUGUGAGGAGCUCUACCCAGAGGAGCUGCUGAUCGACCAUCAGACAAGCUGUAACUCUUCAUGUGCCUUACCUUCGUUCAAUAUGGGCAGCACUUCCCCUAAAGUGAUGGAGGACCCUGAUGUCCUCUUCCAGAAGUUUGUGCAGCAGGCGACAAGCAACCAGCUAGACUCUUUGAUGGGCCUGAGUACUUCACCCCCUGUGGAGGACAGCAUCAUCAUCCCAUGUGAAUUCUGUGGGGUACAGCUGGAAGAGGAGGUGCUAUUCCAUCACCAGGACCAGUGUGACCAACGCCCAGCCACAGCAAACAACCAUGUGACGGAGGGGAUUCCUAGACAGGAUUUCCAGCCUCAAGAGACCUCACCAGAGCUACCCAAGAGGCGUGUCAGACACCAGGGAGACCUGUCUUCUGGAUACAUGGAUGAUAUCAAGCAGGAAACGGCUAAAGGGCCCACCUACCCUCUUCCCCCUAGCAAACCCAUCAACAAUAUGAUGGCUGCCUAUAACCGACUGUCAAUGUCCACGUCAGGCUCCAGACCUGGUUGCCAGCCCAGCCCCCCUGGGGUAAUGAAGCUCAACAACUUAGACGGCCAGGACAUCCGGGGGCGGAGUCGCAACAGCCAUAAUGGGGCCGUGGCCACUGGGCAUGUUCCCGUGAUUCACCCUGUGCGAAAUCUCUACCCAGAAAAUCUUGUGCCCUCUUUCCCCCGUGGGCCUGCAGGGAGAUUCGGAGCAAGUGGUAGGAGUGAAGGUGGCAGGAACUCUCGGGGCACCCCUGCAGCCGCCAGCUAUCGCAAUAGAACUGCAAAGGCAACCCCGCCCAAGCAGCAGGGAGCUGGGGAUGCAGAGGAGGAGGAAGAGUAAUGGUGUCUGCAGAGAACCGCACUUUGGUUCCAUCUUCUCUGCACAGCCACGCUCGCCGCAGUUCAGGCCCCGCCUCUCGGGCUCUGGGCGGGGAGCUUGUACGGAUGUUAACUUCUUCUAGGUUAUGGCCAUUUUGUGUCUUUUGAGAUUGUGCUGUGGGAGUUUGGGGGUUGGAGGGAGGGUUAGCAGGGAGGCUGUUGAGCAAUGUUUCAGCUUUAGCUGCUGCCUUUUGGCAACACAGAAAUGUAAGUGUGGCCUCUCCGCCUACCAGGGCGCCAUCUUUUGACAUACUGUCUUCACUGCUUCUUGGUGCUGUGUGGUCCUGGUGGAAAGAGGAGAGGGUUCUGGAAACCUGGUACCCACCAGUGAGGUCACUCUCUUCCCUUCAGGGGCCUAAAUUUGGGACCUUUCGGGUAUCCUCCCCUGUGUACUGUCCCUCCCUACUGUAGGAUUUGGGCCUCUGGUGUGUGUCGAGGAGUCGGGUCAGGUGUUCAGGCCAGUUGCAAUAUAUGUUAGGAACAAGGCUUUUGGAGAUGAGAUGAGUUAGAGUUGAGUGGAUUAAAACAGUCUGCUUCUUUGGCAUCUGGCAUCGUUGCCUUCUGUUUCUGGUGGGGAGCAUGGCUCCUUUGUCUUCACUGCCUUCUGAUGGAGAAGGCGGGGGGCUCCCUAUCCCCGCCAGGGUCAUGAAGGGCACUGCCCUGAUCAGGACGGAGGCUUGAGCUCCGAGGCUUGCUCUGAAAACCAAGUAUCGGAGCCCCCAUCUCCCUCUUUUAAUUUUAUUAUUAUUAUAACUACUAACACCCUUGUAAUAGAAAUAAAGUUUGUACUUGAGUUCA